AUGAAAGCAGUGGGAAUUGAAACUAUGGCUGCCACUCUGUCUCUUACUCAGCUUUCCAGUGGAAAUCCUGUCUAUGACAAAUACUACCGGCAGGUUGACCCGGCUGGCAGCGGGCGCGUGGCAGCAGCCGAUGCUGCUCUGUUCCUAAAGAGGUCUGGCCUGGCUGACCUGGUCCUCGGGAAGGUAUGGGACCUGGCAGACUCCGAACGUAAAGGGUGCCUGAACAAACAGCAAUUCUUUAUUGCCUUGCGGUUGGUGGCCUGUGCCCAGAAUGGCCUGGAGGUGGCGCUCAAGAGCCUUCACCUGGCCGUUCCUCCACCCAAAUUUAAUGACACGAGCAGUCCUCAGUUGACCGGCGGGGGGGCCAUGGAUAUUCCCUGGUUUGUCAAGGCAGAGGAGAAGAUGAAGUUCGACACUAUCUUUGACAGCCUGUUCCCUGUGGGAGGGUACCUCACGGGGGACAAGGUCAAGCCGGUCCUCCUCAACUCCAAGCUCCCCGUGGACGUCCUGGGCAGGGUUUGGGAGCUCAGUGACAUUGACAGGGAUGGAAUGCUGGAGAGAGAUGAAUUUGCUGUGGCCAUGUACCUGGUGUACAGAGCCCUGGAGGGGGAGCCCGUGCCCAUGUCCCUCCCGCCCCCGCUGGUGCCCCCCUCCAAGAGGAAAAAACCCACGGUGCCCUCGGGGAUGCCCCUGCUGCCGUCGCCGCCCUCCACCAAAGACGCCCGCUCCGCCCACUCGGGGGCCAAGAGCGCCCACCACGCCCCCAAGCCGGCCCCCGCCCCGGCCCCCGCUCCCGCCCCGGCCCCGGCCCCGGCCCCGGCCCCCACGUCGUCCCCCACGCCGGCCGCCGCCCCCUGGGUGGUCUCCCCUGCAGACAAGGCCAAGUACGACGAGCUGUUCAGCAAGACGGACGGAGACAUGGACGGCCUGGUGUCCGGCCCCGAGGUCCGAGACAUCUUCCUGAAGACGGGUUGCCCUCGGCGACAGCUGGCUCGCAUCUGGGAGUUGUGUGAAAUUGGAGACCUAGGGAAGCUAACCAGGGAACAGUUUGCCCUGGCGCUCCAUCUCAUCAACCAGAGGCUCACCAAAGGCCUGGAGCCCCCCCAGACCCUGUCGGCUGAGAUGAUCCCUCCCUCAGACCGACUCAGCAUCAAGCAGCAGAAUAUGGCAAAUCUUGCGGCGGACUUCUCUGCCAUCAAGGAGUUGGACUCCCUCAGUAACGAGAUAGUGGAUCUACAACGGGAGAAGAGUGGCGUGGAGCAGGAGAUCAAGGAGAAGGAGGAGACCAUCCAGCAGCGCACCAGUGAAGUCCAGGAGCUGCAGGACGUGGUGUCCAGGGAGAGCCUGACUCUGCAGCAGCUGCACGCUGAGCGCCAGAGGAUCCAGGAGGCGGUGGACGAGCUGGACCUGGAGAAGAGCUCCCUGGAGGGCCAGCUCUCCCACAUCCGCCAGCAGACCAACCAAGAGAGCCAGCUGAUCACCUCCCUGCAGUCAGAGCACGAGGAGCAGGAGAUCACCAUAGGCCAGUACGAGGAGGCGCUGGUGCAGGCGCGCGAAGAGCUCCUCAAGCUGCAGGAGGAGACCCGGCUGCUGGAGGAGAAGGUGCAGGGGGCGCGGGAGCAGCUCACGCCCCUGCAGGAGUCGGUCCGGGACUCCUUCAAGCAGGUCACACAGGUGCAGCAGAAGCUGACGGAGUUAAAGGUGGAGGACAGGUCGGUGACGGCGCAGCUCAGCUGGAAGCGAGCCCUGGAGGACAGCUCUCCCGUCCUGGUCAACGGGUCGACGGGCCCCACGGAGGAGCUGCACCGUGGGGACCUCUACCUCGACGAGGACCACCCCUUCCACGAGCUCAAGGAGGAAGAGGACGAAGAGGAGGAGGAGGAGGAGGAGGAGUUCAGCCCCGCCAGAAGCCAUCCCAUGAAGGAGCAGGGGGAAGAAGAACAGUCUGAGGACGAGGAGGAGGAGGAGGAGAAGGUUGAUGAAGGGACGGAGAAGACGGAGAGCGAGAGGCUGCAGUCUCCGGAAGAGAAGAAGGCAAGGCAGGAUCCCUUGGAUGACCUGUUCAGCAGCCUGGCUUCUGGAGACCUCUACAGCAGCCUGGGCACUUUCACUAAGCCCCAGGAAAAUAACAUUAUGAUGGAGAAUAGAAACGGUACAUCCACGGUGGAAUCGUCCCAAGAAGUGACGGACGAAAUGGAGGAGUCCCCUACAGCCACACCAAAGUUGGACUCCCCAGCACCAGAGACCGCAGAGGAGGCGGUGGAGUCCCCGGAGCGCAGCUCAACCUCCACAGCACAGAGCCUCCCAGCCCAGGCCGGCCAGCAGCCCGGCCUCCAGGGUCCUCCUGAGCUUGGCUUCUUCCAGUCGGACCCCUUCACAGACCACGAUCCCUUCAAGGACGACCUGUUUGGAAAGGCAGACGUGUUGGAUCCGUUCGGGGAGGACCCGUUCAAGGGCAGCGACCCGUUCGCCGCCGACGCCUUCUUCGCCCAGCCCGGCGAGGACCCCUUCGCCGGCAGCGGGGCGGGGCCGGCGGAGCCCGACCCGUUCGGCGCCGCGCUGAACAACGCCGCGGGCGCGCCGGCGACCGCGCCCGACCCGUUCGCCACCAACCUCAGCGGCGCCAGCACGUCUAACGAUCUGUUCGGCACGGCCGCCGCCGCCACCGGCAGCGUGGAUCUGUUUGGUUCCCAAGGCAACGGCCACGCGGAUCCGUUCAGCUCCUCUCAGCCUGCCGUGGAGUUGCCCGUGAAGAACGCCACGCCCACCAACGAUCCCUUCGCCCCUGGUGGUACAGCAGUGAGUGGCUCCGGCUCGGACCCAGAUCCAUUCGCCGCAGUGUUUGGGAACGAAUCCUUUGGUGGGGGUUUCGCUGAUUUUAGCGCCUUGGCAAAGUCCAACGGCGCAGAUGCAUUCGGUACCAACAACAAGAACAUCUUCCAGGACGACACCGCGCCGACGAACUCGGACGUGCCCCCUGCACUGCCCCCCAAGACGGGCACGCCCACCAGACCUCCCCCUCCUCCUCCAGGUAAACGAUCGUCCAUCUCGCGGACCGAGUCCUCGGACUCCUUCCACCGCCGAGGGCACUUCCACCCCCAGGGCUCCGGGGAGUUCUCCUCCACCACCACCACCACCUCCUCCAGCUUCUCCUCCUCCUCCCUCCCUGCUAAAGACCCCCCGGCGGACCCCUUCGCACCGUCUUCCCCCCAUCGACACGCGGCGCGCGAACCCGAGCGCUUCGCCAGCUUUGACAAACAGUACCCGACGGAGGACGACAUGAUCGAGUGGGCCAAGCGAGAGAGCGAGCGGGAGGAGAAGGCACGGCUCGCCCGCCUCACCCAGCAGGAGCAAGAGGAUCUGGAGCUGGCCAUCGCCCUCAGCAAGUCUGAACUCUCCUGAGGAGUAGGGGGCCCGCCUCCUUAAAGCCCCCCUCCCUCCCUCCCUCCCUCCUCUUCCUCUUCCUCCUCCUCCCCUGGCCUGGAACGGCACAGCUCUGAGUAGCAUGGCGUGCACCGCAGCCGGGAAGGGGGGGACGCGGAUGGUGACGCUGCCCCCAUGAAGAGAUUAUUCUCACCGUUCCAAACUUGGGUUUGGGAGCGGUGUUGUUGUUUUUUUGUUUUGUUGGUCUUCCGUCAGAAAUCGUUCUACGUGUUCGCCGUCAUGUCGUGUCCUGGUAUGGCUGAGGUCUGGCUGCU